AUGGAGCAUGCUGAAUUGCUGACCAUGACCGUAGCUGUACAAGAGCAUGAUUGGCCCCGAUGGAUAGUGCACCAACUACGACAAGUCCAACCGAACCUGCAACAUCUACGAAGGUACGACUGGCCAUUCUUCUGCCGGGUCGAACCGAAGGUUUUCGAAGAGUUCUUUGGUGUGCCAUGCAGCAAAUUCGACAGGGAAGCCUGCAGUGCUUGUGUGGAUAACAUCAAGAUGGUGUAUGGUCAGGACUCUCCUGAGCUUGGAAACCUCAAGCGGGUCAUAAGGGAGGAAAGUAGUAAGCAGGAAGCAAGCAUGAACCGGGUUAAAUUGUUGGAUACCACAAAUACUGGUACCUGA